AAUUUUACCUGCAUUAAGUUAAAUGCAGAAGGUUACAUCAACCUAAUUUCGGACUCCAUGAAAACAGGAAUCAACUUGCAAGUUACACGUUUCGUCUUUUAUUGCACAUAAUGUCAGAUGAAGAUACGCGACUGAAAGAAUACGAAAAACGCGAGGCAGCUUUAAAAGAAAAACUUAAAGAAGAGCAUGCUCAACUUUUGAACUUUCAAAAGAAGCUCACUCAAGCAGGGAGCCACUUGAAGACACUGGCUCAAGAAAACACAACACUCAAAAAGACCUUGACAGAAACAAAAACAAAGCAAGACGAGUUGUCAUCUCGAGUUCAGGAACUAGAAACCAGCCUGAAAGAGACAAAACAAGGUCAUCAAAAGGAGAUCAAACAACUGGUAGAUAUCCUAGAGGAAUCAACAGCACCCGAAGAAAAAACAAUACCUGAUGUAUCUACUUCGACUUUGUUGGAUAGCUAUAUCAAAUCUGUGCAGAAACGGUUAAAUAAACCUAAAAAAGAACAACAAGAGACAUUAAAAGCAACUAUAGAGAGACUGAACAAGGAGAUUCAAGAGUUAAAAAAGGCACAUCCUAUCGAAGCCAUUGAAAACAGUCUUAGAGAUGUUCUUCAGGAUCCAGAAAAUGGAAACAUGGAUAGUUCUGCACCACCAUCUAUCCUACUUUUGUUAGAACGGUUGAGAAGUAUACUACAAGAACAAAAGAGUACGAUUGACAAUGCCAACAAAGCAAGCCAAUCUCUGGUAGAAGACACAACCAAAGAUUUAAAGCGCCACAUCACACAACUCAACAUGACCAUCAAUAACUUGACAGAGGAAAAAGAACAGGCCAUAUCAGAAAAAGAGAAUAUUGAAUUACAAAUGGCUAUCGUUGAUACACUUCAAGACAAAAUCAAUCAGCUUGAAACGAAAUUAACAGAGACAGAAAAAGAAAAGGCCAAGAGUCAAGAAAGAGAGAAACAAUUGAGUCAAGAACAUCAAUCCCUUUUGGGCAAAUUAUCUCACAUCAAAGAAACACUGGUGCCUCGAUUGGAACAAGAUAAGCAACUAAGACAGAGAGUGGCUGAACUGACAGAGGAAUUGGAAUCUGUGACACGCGAACUAGAACAAUGUCGAUCCAACAUGAUGGUGCGGGAUGAGGAGACAUCAAUCCAAUUUGAAAAGAAAGACGCCGUGAUAGCACAACUAUCACAGAAGUUAGAGCAAGUACAUCAAGAAAGAGAAGAGUAUGAACAAUUAUCUAUGCAAUUAGAUGCUCAAUGCAAUCAAUUACAUGAAGAAUUAGAUCAAAAAACCACUCAAUUAGAGCAACUCAAAGCAAAGAUGGAAGUGGACCGAAUGGAAUAUGAGUCUCAGAAAGCAAGUCUGUCUAAUCUGCAGACUGUAUUAGAAGAAUUCCAAGCGACCAAAGAUGUAGAGAUGCAAACUGCAGUGGAGCACAUUGAAAGACAGUUACAAGUAGCAAAAAAGUCAUGGGCUGAAUAUGAAGAGAGAGCGCAUUUGGCUGAGGCUGCUUUAGAGAAAUUACAGAAAGACAUUGGCAAGACACAACAAUAUGAAAAAGAGAUUAAAGAAAAGAAUUUGCUGAUUGGCAAAUUAAGACAUGAAGCUAUUAUCUUGAACGAACAUCUUGUAGAAGCCAUGCGAAAGCUAAAAGAAGAGACAAGCGAAAGCAAUGUGGAUCGCCAAUUGAUUAGCAACUUGUUAAUUGGUUUUCUAAUGGCGCCUCGCGGUGAUCGCAAACGAUAUGAUAUUCUUACUAUUAUGUCCAAUGUAUUGCAACUAAGCGAAGAACAAAAAGAGCAAAUUGGUCUUGUUAGACCAAAGAAUAGUACACAUCUUCAACCAGGAUCACCCACUACGGAACACCCACCUAAAGAGUCAUUUACAGAUGCUUGGAUAUCCUUCUUACUUAAAGAAUCAAGCCCAUUACGUCGUAAUCGUUCAGCUGUUUCCUUACCUUCUUCAGAAAAUAUAGAAUUAUAAUAGAUUAAAAAAAUGCAGGUGCACAGACCAUAAAAAAAGGUAGUAAUUAUUUAUUAUGAAUAGGAGCAGUGAUAGAGAGUUGAGUAGCAGAUCGAAUGAC